AUGGAGGAUCCAGAUGAUUCGUGCCCAGAAGAAAUUCCUGGAGUUAAAGAAGCUCUGAAGAACAACGACACGGCCGGAGCAGCAAAAAGGAUUAAAGAAUAUUUAGAAAAGCAAACUAAUGUCUCGUUAAAUAUCGCCAUCACAGGAGAAAGUGGUGCAGGUAAAUCCACCUUUAUUAAUGCCUUCAGGGGGAUAAAGAACAGAGACGAGGGCGCUGCUCCUACUGGUGUCACAGAAACUACGUCAGAGGUCACACCGUACCCCCAUCCAGAUAAUCCCAACGUCACUUUAUGGGAUCUUCCUGGAAUCGGAACCAAAGACUUCCCAGCGAGGAAGUACCUGAAGCUUGUUGGGUUUGACAAGUAUGACUUCUUCCUCAUCAUCUCAGACACUCGCUUCAGAGAAAACGACGUGAAACUCGCUCAGAAGAUUCAGAAGAUGAAGAAAAAUUUCUACUUUGUUCGCUCAAAGAUCGACAACGAUAUCCGAGCCGAGGAAAGUGUUUCAGACUCCAGCAAAGAGAAAACUCUCACAAAAAUCAGAGACGACUGCAUUCAGCGACUCAAAGACUUAGGCAUCGAGUCUCCACGAGUCUUCCUAAUGUCGAGUUUUCAGCUCCACAAGUACGACUUCUCUCUCUUACAAGAGACCUUAGAGAGAGAGCUUCCCAAAGAUAAGAGGGACACUCUGCUGUAUGUCAUGCCCAACGUCAACCCCGACGUCAUCAGCAAGAAGAAAAAAGCUUUAAAGGUACACUUAUAUCUCUUGGCCACUCUGUCUGCAGCUGCUGCAGCUGUUCCCGUUCCCGGGCUUUCUGUUGCUGUUGAUGUUGCUGUGCUGAUUGGUGCUGUCACACAUUUUGUACAUGCGUUUGGUCUCGAUGUCCAAUCUCUGAAGAGACUCGCUAUCAGAACAGCUGUGUCAUACACUGAGCUGCGUGAUGUCAUCAUUUCACCAGUGGCUGCGAAGGAAAUUACUAAAGAGCUCUUCCUGAAGGUGUUCGCCCAACUUGGAGGAGCAGCUGGAUUAAUUGGAGCAGAGGAAGUGUCCAGAUUCAUUCCCAUAGUGGGAAUCCCGGUAGCCAUGAGCCUCUCCUUCAUCACGACCUACAGAGUUCUGAACUUUAUCCUCAAGCAGCUCGCUGAAGACGCUCAGAAGGUGUUAAAGAAGGCUCUGGUCUGA